AUGGCCCCCUCAGGCCACAUGAACUACCGGCUGUUUCAAAUAUUCGGCGAAGAGGAAAGCGCCUACUGGUGGUUUGGAGGCGGCGCGGACUUGUCGCCGGCUUACGUUUUCGCGGAAGACUGCGAAGACUUCCACCGCGGGCUGCAGCAGCAGUGCCUGCGCUGCAGCAGCAGCUUUUACCCGCAGUUCAAGCGCUGGGCCGACAGCUACUUCUGGCUGCCCCACAGGCGCGAGGCCCGCGGCGUGGGGGGCAUUUUCUUCGACGGGCUGAACUGGGGGCUGCGGGGGUUGGGGCCUUUGCGGGCCUUUUGCCUGGGGGGUUUGUUUGGCUUUGCGCCGCUCUACCUCCCCAUAGUGCGCCGCCGCUCCGCGCAGCAGCAGCAGCAGCAGCAGCAGCAGCAGCAGCAGCAGCAGCAGCAGCAGCGCUGGCAGCAGCUCCGCCGCGGCCGCUACGUCGAGUUCAACUUGCUCUGCGACAGGGGCACCCGCUUCGGCUUCGCCUUGCCCGGCAGCAGGACCGACAGCAUUUUGGCUUCCCUGCCCCUCCUGGCCCGCUGGGAGAACCCGGGGGGGCCCCCCGGGGGGCCCCCCGGGGGGCCCCCCGGGGGGCCCCCCGCCGAGGGGGCCCCCGGGGAGGGGGCCCCCGGGGAGUGGCCGCCGCCCGGGAGCCACGAGGCCCAGAGCCUCGAGGUGUUCAGACACCCCAAGGACUGGGUCCCCAUCGACUCCAGCUUUGCUGCAGACUCCGAACUCUCCCCAGAAAGCCUCAGGCCCGCCUGCCUGCAGCCGCCCCCCGAUGUUGCAGCAAAGGCCGCUCUAGACGCCGGGAACGAACAGCUAGCUGCCAGCUAG